AUGUCGAAGAUCACCCGGACGUUUCUGGCCACCCUAGACCCGAACCGAAGAGCGCGCGUAUCGAGCGUCAACGCUGCCAAUGAGCCGACUCCUGCAGAGUUUCUGGGCAUUUCAAGUUCUGACCCGGCGGAUCAUUGGCUGUAUUCGCUCCGGCCACCUCUCGUUCCGGGCGUGCCCAAUGAGCCCGAGAGUGCAUUCAAUAUGUCUCGAUACAGGAAUAAUUACACAACAUCGUUGGCGAUCGUGGCGAAGCUCGGCAAAACCCCGUUCGAGAGCUAUGUCAGGCUGAAGGCGACCGCUCUAAUGGACGUCCUGAAGGAGAUUCGACCAUACGUCUUUGAGACUCUUGUGUACCUCACACGCGAGUCAGCGCAGCGGCAGCCCCGCUCACUCGGUGCGCUGGUCGAAUACGUCGCAGAAAAAGCUUUGUGUUAA